AGUAAAGGGUUUUGGCAUGAUUUACGUACGAUGCGUUGGAUGAGACAUCCUGGGACUUCGUUUCGAAUGAUUUUGAUUUUCUUAGGACUUUGGUGUAUCUUUGAAAUCUUUAAAAGUUCACUAAACAUUCCCGAAAACCCAAUCAGACCGUUUAUAAUGAUUUCAUAUCCAUUACCAUUAAACUCAUCAGAAGCCUAUCAUCGGUAUGGUAAAGGAACCCUUGAUUUAUAUUUCUUAGGGUUCUAUAUCAUUGUGUUUUCUUUUAUUCGUCAAACCGUCACGGAAUUUGUGAUUAAACCUUAUGCUAUGUGGAUUGGACUUCGAGGAACUAAACAACAAAGGUUUAUUGAACAAGGGUAUGCUGCAUUUUACUGGGGAUCAUCUACCAUCAUCGGAUUACUGGUAAUGUCAAAACAACCGACUUGGUGGUACGAUACAACAGAGUUUUGGAAAUCUUAUCCUCAUUAUCGAAUGGAACCUAGUGUGAAAACUUAUUAUUUACUUCAGUUCUCUUAUUGGUUACAACAAAUGCUUUUGCUUUCUUUAAGGAUUGAGAAACCUAGAAGUGAUUUUGUUGAAUUGGUGAUCCAUCAUUUUGUGACUUUGUGGCUUGUGGGUUGGUCCUAUGUUACUAAUCUUACUAUGAUUGGAACUGCUAUCUUUGUCAGUAUGGAUAUUUCGGAUACAUUCUUGGCUAUUUCAAAAUGUAUAAAUUAUACAAAGUAUCAACACACAUCAGAAGUCAGUUUCGGAAUCUUUCUCUGUGUAUGGACAUACUUUCGUCAUUGGCAAAACUUACGAAUCCUUUAUUCGGUUUAUCAAGAGUAUGAUGAGUAUGUACCGAUGAUGGCUAAGAAAUGGAGUCCGAAGGAUGAAGUUUAUUUAGUGGGUUGGAUGAAAUGGCAAAUCUUUGGUCCGAUUAUGAUGUUACAAUUCCUUAAUUUGUUUUGGUAU